AUGUGUAAAAAGAUGUUUAAAAAGUGGUUUUGUGCCGCGCGGAUGGCAGCGGCUCUGGAAACCCAGUGGGUGUCAAUAUAAAGUGACGGCCAUAUUUGCCGGUGCCGCUGUUGUAAACAAAAAGUGAGAGACAGACGCUUCACUGAAUUUCGGGUCAUUUUUAUUUCUUUAAUUUACAAUGUCUUUGGGAAUGUCUUACAAACCCAACGUCCAUCAGCACAUUCCGGGAACUUCAGGGAACCAGGUUGGGAACCUUCAGUCGGCCUCGGCGGCUAACCUGGCCACGUUGCAGUCCUACAGACCCCUGCUGAGCGACUACGGACCUCCAUCUCUGGGAUUCUCACAGGGCUCCACCGGCAGUCAAGUGCCUCAGAACAAAUAUGCAGAGCUGCUCGCCAUCAUCGAAGAACUCGGGAAGGAAAUCAGGCCCACGUAUGCUGGAAGCAAGAGCGCCAUGGAGAGGCUGAAACGAGGAAUAAUCCACGCCAGAGGACUGGUGCGGGAAUGCUUGGCGGAGACGGAGAGGAACGCCAGGUCCUAGCCGCAGACGCGCCUUCCCCCUCCGAGAAGAACCACACGUCACCCAAAAGCAAACGGAAAAAUCAACCUGCAUGGCAUUUUUCUCGGUUGGGAGGAAGUCGAUGAAGAAAAGGCGGAGAGGCAAACUCCUAGAGAUAAAGGGCGACGAUAAGAGAAACGAGCAGCAACAACCUGAACGCCUCCCAACGGCUGUCAAUCAUGUCUGAGUUGUUUGUGAAACAAAAGAAAAGGUCGACAUUCAACUUCACUGAUCUUAGUUUUCCAUUUCCCUUCAAAAUCCUUCUUUUUGCAUGCAAACGGGCCCAUCGGUUAACUGUAGACUAUGCAUGACAUGUACAAAACUAGAUCAGGUUUUCUUAUUUGAUUUUAUUUUUUAGUGUUUUUAUUUUCCUCUUUUCAUGGCGUUCGGUCUGUUUUGACCUUUUGCAACUCACGGCGGAGGGAAGGAUGUGCCAAAUGCAUUUCUUUCAUCCAUCUUUCAGUUGGUUUUAAGUGGAGACACAGAAAAUGGAAAAUGCUGUUACUUGCAUCUUUGUAUGUAUUUAUUACCCUGUGUAAUAAAUUGUAUUUUCAA